AUGACAACUUAUAUUGAAUAUGGAGUAAAACUUACAGAUGGUCAGAAAUCAAAACUGGCUUCUGCAAUUAAAAAUAAAUCACCACUAACUCUUCGUUUAAAACAUUCACAUCUAAGAGGAAAUGAUGAGUUCAUGUUAACCCAAAGACAAAUUUCUAAAAUAAAAAAAUCUAUUGCAAAUGGUACAGGAUCAGAUGUAAAGAUAAGUAAAACUCAGAUUAGAAAAUCUGUAAAAUACGGUGGAAACUUAUUUUCAUCACUUGCUUCUAUUGGAGCGCGAGUACUACCUUACGCAAUAAAAGGAAUUUCAAAAGUAGCUCCUGCUUUAGCAACUGGUGCUGCAACUGCACUUGGAGAAAUAGGAUUAAAUAAAAUAUUUGGAAAAGGAAUUACAAUUCCAAAAAAGUUUUUUCCAAUGUUACCCGCUAUUAGAGGAGAAUUAACAAAAUCACAAAUAGAUCUAAUAAAUAAAAUGUUUAAAUCAGGAGGAAGAGUAGUUAUAAAACCAACUCGUAAACAGGUAGAAGGAGGAUUUUUAGGUACUCUUGCUUCUAUUGGGAUACCAAUGGCAAUCAGUUUGGUAUCUAAGAUGCUUGGUUCUGGACUGCCCGCAGGGGCGGGUCUGCAGGUUGAUAGACGUGGGUCAUCUAAUACAGCAAAUGUUUACGUUCCACAUCCUCCUCCUCCAUCAACUUAUGGCGAA